AUGAACACCUCAGCGCCCCCUGCUGUCAGCCCCAACAUCACCGUCUUGGCGCCAGGAAAGGGUCCCUGGCAAGUGGCCUUCAUCGGGAUCACCACAGGCCUCCUGUCUCUGGCUACAGUGACAGGCAACCUGCUGGUACUCAUCUCCUUCAAGGUCAACACAGAGCUCAAGACAGUCAACAACUACUUCCUGCUGAGCUUGGCCUGUGCUGACCUCAUCAUUGGCACCUUCUCCAUGAACCUCUAUACCACAUACCUGCUCAUGGGCCACUGGGCUCUGGGCACACUGGCUUGUGACCUCUGGCUGGCCCUGGACUAUGUGGCCAGCAACGCCUCGGUCAUGAAUCUUCUGCUCAUCAGCUUUGACCGUUACUUCUCAGUGACCCGACCCCUGAGCUACCGAGCCAAGCGCACUCCCCGCAGGGCAGCUCUGAUGAUUGGCCUGGCAUGGUUGGUUUCCUUCGUUCUCUGGGCCCCAGCCAUCCUCUUCUGGCAAUACCUGGUUGGGGAGCGGACAGUGCAGGCCGGGCAGUGCUACAUCCAGUUCCUCUCUCAACCCAUCAUCACUUUUGGCACAGCCAUGGCUGCCUUCUACCUUCCCGUCACAGUCAUGUGUACGCUCUACUGGCGCAUCUACCGCGAGACAGAAAACCGAGCUCGGGAGCUGGCAGCCCUACAGGGCUCUGAGACCCCAGGCAAAGGUGGUGGCAGCAGCAGCAGCUCAGAGAGGUCACAGCCAGGGGCUGAGGGCUCACCGGAGUCACCUCCGGGCCGCUGCUGUCGCUGCUGCCGGACACCCAGGCUUCUGCAGGUCUACAGCUGGAAAGAGGAAGAGGAAGAGGACGAAGGCUCCAUGGAGUCCCUCACAUCCUCUGAGGGCGAGGAACCCGGCUCAGAAGUGGUGAUCAAGAUGCCCAUGGUAGACCCUGAGGCACAGGCACCGACCAAGCAGCCCCCCAAAACCUCCCCGAAUACAGUCAAGAGGCCCACCAAGAAAGGCCGAGACCGAGGUGGCAAGAGCCAAAAACCCCGAGGGAAGGAACAACUGGCCAAGCGAAAGACCUUCUCACUGGUCAAGGAGAAGAAGGCAGCUCGGACCCUGAGUGCCAUCCUGCUGGCCUUCAUCCUCACCUGGACACCAUAUAACAUUAUGGUGCUGGUGUCUACCUUCUGCAAGAACUGUGUUCCCGAGACCCUAUGGGAGCUGGGCUACUGGCUGUGCUACGUCAACAGCACUAUCAACCCCAUGUGCUAUGCACUCUGCAACAAAGCCUUCCGGGACACUUUCCGCCUGCUGUUGCUCUGCCGCUGGGACAAGCGGCGCUGGCGCAAGAUCCCCAAGCGCCCUGGCUCUGUGCACCGCACCCCCUCCCGCCAAUGCUAA